AUGAGGCGGCAGGAGGCGUUGGUGGUGACCGCGGCGGCAGCGCCCGAGGGGGGCCAGGACGGGGAGCAGCCUCGGCAGCCCGCGGGCUUGGGGUGCAGGGCGCGCGGGGAGCCCGGCGGCCCCCAGGAGCCCCGCAAACAGUGGAAGAAAUUUUUAUAUUGUGAGCCACAUAAGAGAAUUAAGGAAGUACUGGAAGAAGAACUUUAUAUUAACAGAGAUGAAUGCCACAUUAAAAAUCCACCUGCAGUGGCCCUGGAAGGGAUUUGGAGCAUUAAAAGAAAUCUCCCCGUGGGAGGCUUGAGGCCACCAGGACCGCCGGGCAGAAACAAUUUACUGCCACAAGCCAAGUACUACUCAAGGCAUGGAGGACUGAGAACUAAGACCUUGGCACCCUGA